AUGAAACCAAUAGAAUAUUUCAGCGACGGUAUAAGCAAAGUAGAUUACAUAAUAGCCGUAACAAGAAUUGCAGCCAGGAAACACGUAACUGUCAUUACAGACCUAGUCAACAGCCUUCGGGAACUGGGUUUGGAAAUCGAACAAAAUCUCGGAGUUACGGAAUCGGUGGUCUUUCUCAAAAUUCACAUCCCGACCGAAACUGUCACGUUUUUGUCGCAAAUGAAUCUGUCAUGGGAAGCAACAAAACGAGUUAAGACCCCGAAGCCGCGGAGGAAUUGGUGGAACGAUGUAUUCAAAACACCUUUGGCAUACGUCAAUCCAAACAAAGGGAUGGACUAUUGCGGUAGGAUUUAUUACAUUGCUCAGAUUAUGACGAAGGCUCAGUGGGGACCAAAGGAGACGGAUCACGGUAUAGAUCAGUUGAUCAGCAAACGCGUUAUUCAAAAAGCUUAUCCGUUGCACGAUGGACCGGUUCAAGACUUGGACUUGGACGAUAAGUACUUGAAUGAUAGGUCACUGUUAGCCAAAUACUGGGCGAGCUUUCGUUAUUUUUAUAAAGAACAACCGUUGGACAUUAUUAAAAAAUACUACGGUUUACCCACGGCGUUCUACUUCGCUUGGAUGGGGUUCUAUGUUCAAAUGUUGAUACCGAUAUCGAUUAUGUCCGCGGUAAGUCUGUUAAUGUGCCUGAAAAGAUGGUAUGACAAAGCUGACGACUAUAUUAAAGAGUGUGAACAAUUGGAUUACAAAAUAUGCAGAUUUUGUGUACCAGAAGAUAACACAUGUAUAACAACGAAUAUAAAAUCUCACUGUUUCCUUAUGUCGGUAGCUCUUGUCGUUGAUGACAAAGAGAGUAUGAUAUACAGUGUGUUGGUUUCAUUUUGGGCUGGCGCCGUACAAACUAUGUGGAUGAAAAGGGAGCAAGAUUUGCGUAAGAGGUGGAAUUUGUUGAAUUCAGAUUCGUAUUCUCUUUCUCCAAGAUUUCAAUUUUGGGAAAAGGUCAGUUAG